UUUGUGAUGUCUUGUCAUGAUAAGGACAAUAUGGCACUAGAUGGUAUAAAAGUCCAUGGUGUGAGUGCAGGAAUUUCAGAGAGUGACAUCAAGGCGUACUUCAGCAACCAUCGGAAUGGAGGAGGCAAUGUGUCCAAGAUAUUCUACCCCCUCCUCAACCAUGCUGCUGUUGUCAUCUUUUCUGAUAGAAAUGUUGUUACAGGAAUCACUAGUCGCAGACAUAAGAUAAAGAACUGUGAUGUCUUAGUUGAGAGUUUGCCUAAGAAUAUAUUCUCUAAAGUCUCUGUGGAGUUACAACAAGAAGUAACAGAGAUGCUGGAUCAAAACUCGCCUUACCUUGAUGUCCUUCAAUUUGAGGGAGAGCUAGAUGUAAACUUUGACCCUGAUACAAUGAACUACACCAUGACUGGAAAUUGGUACCAGGUAGAAUGGGCAUGGAAUUACUUGGAAUCUGUUUCCACAGACAAGAAUUCUCCAGGACAUGUCAGCAACAGACUCUCAUCCGUUACACCCAAUAUUUCCUCAAAAAGGGAGGAUUCACCCAAAUUUGCUGAUACUAUGGGGGAAGAGAGCAACAUUUCCUGGAAUGUCAACCGACAAGAUGGUACUGAUAAAUUUGUCACUUAUCAGCCAUUUAGGUCAAACAUUCCACAGAAUGUAGACAAUUCAGAGAAAAAGUAUACUGCCAAACAAUUACCAGCCAAUAAAGAGUCAAAUGAGUUCAGCAUAAGUGACUUAAGCAACAAGCAGAAGCUUGGUCUGGCAGAUGCUCACAUUCCUCUCCUGGAUAAUCCGCUCCGUGGCAGGGACAUCUGGACUUCCAACUACCCACAACAUGGAGACUACAUCAGUGACGAUACUGAUGAUGAAUUGACAGCUCAGUAUCUUGAUGACCGAUCAUCAUCACCAGAAAUAUUUGUACCUGAGCAGCAUAUUACCAGACCACGUUGCCCCUCCCCAAAAGGAAUAGAGUUACUUCACUCGGACUUUGGUGACAUGCCCUUGACAUUUGAUGCUUUUAUGGGGUGUAUGCAGGUCAAGGUCAUCAUGGGUGACAUUGUCAAAGAAAGAAGUGAUGCGAUAGUGAACCCAACUAAUCAAACCUUGAGCAACACAUAUGGAAUUUCAGCCGCGAUUGCAAGAAUGGCAGGAAGAGGUUUAAUGGAUGAGUGUAGGAGUAAACUGACUAGCCAUGGCCCUCUAAGUCUUUCUCAGGUCACCAAGACAUGCGCUGGUGGAGCAUUAGACGACCAAGUGGACUUUGUCCUCCAUACCGUACCACCAACAUGGCGGGAAGAUGAAAGUGAUUCUACAACCCAUAUUCUCACCUGUACUUACUUGAACUGUUUACAGGUUGCUAACAAACAGCUGUGGUUGCGGUCAUUGUCAUUUCCCUUAAUAGGAUCAGGUGGUAUGGGUAUACCAUUGGAUGUAAGUGUCCAGGCAUUCUUCGACGCCAUUCACCUGCACGUGUCUGAUGAGAAACAAGCCAUUCAUCUCCAGAAUGUCCGACUGGUCAGCAACACUCAAGACAGUACCUGUUCAGUAAUUGUGGUUCUGCGAUCACUUCUCGACCUUGACCAAGGGGAGGCACAAAAAAAUGCUAUAGACCGCUACUGCACCAGGAGCAAAGAGUUUAAUUUCAGGGCAAAUGACUUUUGGCUUGAUAAGAGUGAGACUGAUAAAAGUGUUGAUGAUGAUUCUGAGGUUAGAGUGGCUGAUCAUGACAAAAAUGUUGAGGUUCCCAUGGCACAGAAAGAUCUGGACAGUUCCAUUGCAAUCAAUAAAGACAGUCCUAGGGAUCCAAAGCAGAUGAGAAGUGGUGAUGGCAUCCAAGGACUGGAAAGCCAGGAUGAAGAAUCUUGUAUUCAAUCAAACAGUGGCCAAGGAUUUAGUGUUGGACAGGGCAGAGUUGACAAUUAUUCUGAAGACCAUCAAAGUACAGCAGGAAGGCAAGAUCAAAACGUUCAUGCUGAACAAGACAAUUAUGGUCUAAUUAACAAAGCUAUGGACACUGAAUUGCUGCAGGACCACAAAAUGGAUAGAGAGAAAGGAUAUGCUGUUUUGGACCUGGAUGUUGAAAAACAAAGAGACCAGGAAGAAAGCAUUGAAAAUUCUAUGAGUAGACGGAAUAUAAAAAGUGAUGGACAAAGUCGCCAAUUACAAGAAAUUGAUGUGGAGUUGCAGAGAACACGGCAAAUGGAUAAUUUUAGUGCAGAUGGCAUUGAUGACAGCACAUAUAAAAUGGACACAGGGACACACAUGGAUAAGAAAUCUAGCCAGGGAAAUGAAGAAGAGAACUUGAACUCAAGGCAUGAUGAGAUAAAGAGCACAGAUGUAUCAUCAUCAGUUGGGAGUGAACAGCCACACAACAUGCCCUCUUAUGAUCAACAAGAUUUGCAACAGGAGGACAGAAUGACAGACCAUGUGACAGAUGCAAUGGAGAAGACACAGAAUGACCAGUUGGAAUAAGUCACUUUUGCUCAUUUAAUUGACAGAUAUAUAUUUUGGAAAAUCAAGAUUGGAUUUGACAAUGCAAUAGAGUUUGGCCUGAGGCGUAUGUUGUACUGCAGAGACUGUUAAAUGAUUUUCCUUUUAAACUCUGCAAUGAUGUCAACUGUAUUUGGUUGGACUCUUCCUUUUGUGGUUACUCAGAUUCAGAAUUCAGGUUUGGCCGUGGUUGUAGGAUGGGAAAGCAAAAAUGCAGUAAAUUUCACCAACUUCACUACUAUCAAGAACCAAACCAAAUACCUGCUGGUUGACAAUAAGAAACAAAUACAAUUGUUUUGCUAGUUUUAGUGUCAGCCACAACCUCUAGGAGUUCGGUGUGGCACAGAGAUAGUAGAAAUCUCAAACUUAUUAGUAGGUACCAGUUUACUAGUUUUAAGAGACGUAUACACUCACAAGGUUUGGCCUCGCCCCUAGAAGAUAGACCCCCACCUAAUACCAACAUGUGAAAUGUUUGAAAUCCAAGCCCCAUGCCAAAAAUUGAGAGACAAACAUUGUGGAUUAGUACUUAGGUAUGGCCUCCCCUUGAAUAUUUAUCUGCAAAAUUAGUUUUGAUAAAAAUAUUUUGGAGUCAUCCCUGAAAAAUCCAGGUGAGUAAUACAAUCCCUUUAGACAUGGUUUUGGUCAGUAAAGAUGUAUAUACUGAAACAGUUACUCGUGUUGUAGCAGAAUUUAUUAUACAGUACUAGUUUUAUGUUUUUAGCUUUUGAUCAAUUUCUUGGUCAUAACUUUAGGUUAAUUAGACUUGUAACAUCUGCUGGCCCCACUUGUAUAAAAUAUCUCAAUUUCAGAUUUCCUCAAGCCCAGAUUUUCC